AAUGCUUCUACUGCUCCUCUUCGCUCUCACGCUAGGCCAUGGGGCCAGAUCGGCGGCGCCACUGCCGCGGCGUGGCACAUCGCUGCGAGCUCAAGUGGCGGCCCUUCUCCACUGGAAGUCCACCUUGAAGGGCUUCUCACAACACCAGCUGGGAACAUGGAGGCACGAUAUCCACCCGUGCAACUGGACUGGCAUCACCUGCGGCGACGUUCCAUGGCGCCAGCGACGACAUGGAAGAACCACGGCAAGAAAUGCCAUCACGGGGAUCGCCCUCCCGGGUGCCCAUCUUGUGGGAGGGCUGGACACCCUGAGCUUCAGGUCCUUCCCUUAUCUGGCCAGCCUCGACCUCAGCGACAAUGGCCAUCUGUCGGGUACGAUCCCUCCUGGCAUAAGUUCUCUGUUAAUGCUUUCCAGUCUCAACCUGUCCAGCAAUCAGCUUACCGGAAAUAUACCUCCAUCCAUUGGUGACCUUGGGAGGAUUUCCUCAAUUGAUCUGUCGUACAAUAAUCUGACUGGGGAAAUCCCUCCUGCGUUGGGUAACCUUACAAAGCUUACUUAUCUUUCUCUCCUUGGCAAUAAGCUGUCCGGUAACAUCCCAUGGCAGCUUGGGAAGCUUCAUGACAUCUCGUUUAUAGAUUUGAGCCUCAAUCUUCUUGUUGGGCCGAUACUUUCUCUAUUUGGAAACCUCACAAAACUCACCUCUUUGUUCCUCGUCGGUAAUCAUCUAUCUGGACCUAUACCUGACGAGCUAGGUGAAAUACAAACGCUUCAAUAUCUAGAUCUGCAGCAAAACAACUUGAACGGCUCAAUUACAUCCACCUUGGGAAAUCUUACAAUGCUCAAGAUCUUGUACAUAUAUCUGAACCAACAUACUGGUACUAUCCCUCAAGUGUUUGGGAUGCUGUCAAGUUUGGUUGAGUUGGACUUGUCCGAGAACCAUUUGACCGGCUCAAUUCCCUCAAGUGUUGGAAAUCUUACUUCGUCAGUCUACUUUUCUCUUUGGGGUAAUCACAUAACUGGGUCAAUCCCUCAGGAGAUUGGAAAUCUUGUGAAUCUCCAACAGCUCGACCUCUCAGUAAAUUUCAUAACUGGACCAGUGCCAUCAACUAUAGGGAACAUGUCUUCCCUCAACUAUAUAUUAAUAAAUAGCAAUAAUCUCUCUGCACCAAUCCCAGAAGAGUUUGGGAAUCUGGCAAGUUUGAUAUCAUUUGCAUCCUAUGAAAACCAAUUGUCUGGUCCAAUCCCUCCGAGUUUGGGAAAAUUGGAGAGCGUGAGCGAAAUUCUACUGUUCAGCAACCAGCUAUCAGGUCAAUUGCCUCCAGCACUCUUCAACCUCACUAAUUUAAUUGACAUCGAAUUAGACAAGAACUACUUGGUUGGCCCGUUGCCUGAUUUGUGUCGGGGUAAAAAGCUAGAGAUUUUACAUCUUUCUCAUAACAAUUUGAAUGGUUCGAUGCCAAAGACUUUGAGGGAUUGCAUUUCCCUGCGAUCCCUCGGCAUUAGCUACAACAAAAUGGAUGGAGACAUAACUGAUGCAUUAGGAGUGUACCCCCAUCUAUGGCGGUUACGUUUAGCGUCAAACAAAUUGGUUGGCCGGCUUUCACCAAAUUUGUGAUCAUGUCAGAAUUUGACAGCACUUAGUUUUGCAGACAAUAUGAUAAAAGGCGGUAUACCUUCUGAGCUUGGGAAUCUAAAAAAUCUUGUAAAGCUCAGUCUGUCCACUAAUAGGUUGACUGGGGAGAUACCACCUGAAAUUGGCAAGUUAGUCAAUCUAAAUUUGAUAGAUUUAAGAAACAAUCAACUUUCUGGGAAGGUCCCAAAUCAAAUUGGCCAACUUAAAAGCCUUGAGAUUCUUGAUUUCUCAAGCAAUCAGCUGAGUGGAGCUAUACCAGAUGACCUUGGUAAUUGUUUUAAGCUGCAGUCUUUGAAAAUGAGCAACAACAGCUUGAAUGGGAGUAUACCAAGUACAUUGGGCCAUUUUCUUUCUCUACAAAGCAUGCUUGAUCUUAGCCAGAACAAUCUUAGUGGACCAAUACCAUCCGAACUUGGCAUGCUCGAGAUGCUCAUGUAUGUAAACUUGUCACACAAUCAAUUUAGUGGUGCUAUCCCUGGCUCAAUUGCAAGUAUGCAAAGUCUAUCAGUGUUUGAUGUGUCAUACAAUGUCCUCGAAGGUCCUAUUCCUAGACCGCUCCACAAUGCAUCGGCAAAAUGGUUUGUCCACAACAAAGGUCUUUGUGGAGAACUUGCUGGCCUAUCACAUUGUUAUUUGCCUCCUUACCACAGAAAAACCAGACUAAAGUUGAUAGUUGAAGUCAGUGCUCCUGUAUUCUUAGCUAUUAUUUCUAUUGUGGCAACUGUUUUUCUUCUUUCAGUUUGCCGAAAAAAACUCUCCCAAGAAAAUAAUAAUGUGGUGAAAAAAAAUGAUAUUUUCUCUGUAUGGAGUUUUGAUGGUAAAAUGGCAUUUGAUGAUAUAAUUAGCGCAACCGACAAUUUUGAUGAGAAGCAUUGCAUUGGAGAGGGAGCAUAUGGUCGUGUAUACAAAGCAGAACUUGAAGAUAAGCAAGUGUUUGCGGUGAAGAAACUCCAUCCAGAUGAUGAAGAUACUGUACACGAUGAAGAGAGAUUUCAGAUUGAGAUUGAAAUGUUGGCAAAAAUCCGACAUCGUAGCAUAGUGAAGUUGUAUGGAUUCUGUUGUCAUCCAAGGUACAGGUUUCUCGUUUGUCAAUACAUAGAGAGAGGAAACCUAGCUUCUAUCUUAAAUAAUGAAGAAGUAGCCAUCGAGUUCUAUUGGAUGAGAAGGACAACCCUCAUAAGAGAUGUAGCUCAAGCAAUUACUUAUCUUCAUGAUUGUCAGCCUCCCAUAAUUCAUCGUGACAUUACGAGCGGAAACAUCUUACUGGAUGUUGAUUAUAGAGCAUAUGUCUCGGAUUUUGGCAUUGCAAGAAUUCUAAAACCGGAUUCAUCAAAUUGGAGUGCAUUAGCUGGGACCUAUGGCUAUAUAGCACCUGAAUUGUCCUACACCUCCUUAGUCACGGAGAAAUGUGACGUAUAUAGCUUCGGUGUUGUGGUGCUUGAGGUGCUGAUGGGCAAACAUCCUGGAGAUAUCCAAAGUUCUAUUACUACUUCUAAAUAUGAUGAUUUUCUUGAUGAAAUCUUGGAUAAACGUCUUCCAGUACCUGCAGAUGAUGAAGCAGACGACGUGAAUAGGUGUCUCUCCGUGGCGUUUGACUGCCUACUUCCAUCGCCGCAAGAGAGGCCAACCAUGUGUCAAGUUUAUCAACGACUUGCCAUCUGAAGUUACCUUGCUUAUCUUAAAAUCUUUUUUAUAAUAAUGAGAGGCUCCCUUAGGAGCCACCACUCUUAAGGAUAACAAAUAUGUUCAUGGACUCUCAUGUAAAAUAAUACUAUGUGCAAUGCGCCAAUGCUAGGUGGGUAUUCAACCAGGGUGGUUUCAUCCUGUGUGGUAUUUGAUGCGGCUAUCUGGAAAUUUUAGUAAACAAUACUAAAACAUAGAAGUGUGUGUCAUACUGAUCUGAUCACUUCUACUCCGUUCAAUAUUGUAAGUUGUUUUGAUUUUGUUCUGAAUCUAACUUCUAUAAAUCUGACCAAAUUUAUGGAAAUCUGAACCAAGUUAGUUUUAUUUUUU